CCGGUCAGACCACCACUGUAGGCAUUUUGGCAUCCCCACGGGGCAGGCCUGUUCGAGCACCUCUAUCAUGCAGGGGACCUGGAUGGUGCUGUUGGCACUGAUAUUGAGCACCUUCGGGGAACUUGCUAUGGCCUUACGGUGCUAUGCCUGUCCGGAUCCUGUGAGCGCGUCUGACUGCGUCAAGAUCACACCCUGCCACACCAAUGAAACCAUGUGCAAGACCACUCUCUACUCCCGGGAGAUAGUGUUUCCUUUCCUGGGGGACUCCACGGUGACCAAGUCCUGUGCCAGCAAGUGCGAGCCUUCAGACGUGGAUGGCAUUGGGCUAACCCGGCCAGUGUCCUGCUGCAAUUCUGACCUAUGCAACGUGGACGGGGCACCCAGCCUGGGCGGUCCUGGUGGCCUGGUCCUUGUCCUGCCACUUAUCUUUCUAUUGCAUGUCCUGCUGUAAAGCCAUGGCCAUUUGGCUCUGUCCCCUUGUCCCUGACAGCAGUUCCCUAAUGCCUUGAAGAAGUACAAUAGCCACCUGCAUCAGUC